UUUUCCGGCAUUUUUCGUUUUUCUCGGGUUUUUACGCCAUUCUUUCUGUGACCGUCCACCUUUUCAUUUUCAAGCAUUGGUUGCUCUGGGGAGAAGAUUUCUAUUGCUCAGACUGUUAAACCGAACCUGAAAUUUGGAAGGAAUGGCGGCAGCUGCAGCAGUUAAAGUACAAGAAGUGAGAGAAGUCACGAGAAUUGAGCGGAUUGGUGCUCAUUCUCAUAUCCGUGGGCUCGGGCUUGAUGAUGGUCUUGAACCAAGGCAUGUGUCACAGGGAAUGGUGGGGCAGUUGACUGCUCGUCGAGCGGCGGGAGUCGUACUGGAAAUGAUCAAGGAAGGGAAGAUAGCUGGGAGAGCCAUUUUGCUGGCUGGGCAACCAGGCACUGGUAAGACUGCAAUUGCAAUGGCAAUGGCCCAAGCUCUAGGAAUAGACACUCCGUUCACCAGCAUGGCAGGAUCCGAGAUAUACAGUCUUGAGAUGAGCAAGACGGAAGCUUUGACUCAAGCAAUUCGUAAGUCGAUUGGAGUUCGAAUCAAGGAAGAGACAGAGAUCAUUGAGGGAGAGGUUGUGGAGAUCCAGGUGGACAGGCCUGCCACUGGGGUGGGUGCGAAGGUCGGGAAACUGACGCUGAAGACUACUGAGAUGGAGACUAUUUAUGACCUAGGUAACAAGAUGAUUGAAUCUCUCAUGAAGGAAAAAGUUCAGGCAGGUGAUGUGGUAACAAUUGACAAAGCAACUGGAAAAAUCAGUAGGCUAGGCCGCUCCUUCACGCGUGCAAGAGAUUACGAUGCCACGGGUCCACAGACGAGGUUCGUGCAGUGUCCGGAGGGUGAGCUGCAGAAGCGAAAAGAAGUGGUUCACACAGUCACACUGCAUGAAAUUGAUGUCAUCAACAGUCGAACUCACGGCUUUCUGGCACUUUUUUCGGGGGACACUGGGGAAAUCAAGGCAGAAGUACGGGAGCAAAUUAAUGCAAAGGUUGCUGAAUGGCGAGAGGAAGGGAAGGCAGAGAUUGUUCCAGGAGUGCUCUUCAUUGAUGAGGUUCAUAUGUUGGACAUAGAGUGUUUCUCAUUUUUGAAUCGAGCCCUUGAGAAUGAAAUGGCUCCAGUAGUGAUCAUGGCUACCAAUCGUGGCAUCACACGUAUCAGGGGUACCAACUACAAAUCUCCACAUGGUAUCCCAAUAGAUCUUUUGGACAGGAUGGUUAUAGUUUCCACAUCACCCUAUCAGGAGAAGGACCUCAAAGAGAUUUUAAAGAUAAGGUGUGAGGAGGAGGAUUGUGAGAUGUCUGAUGAUGCCCUUACUGUGUUGACACGCAUUGCUCUUGAAACUUCUCUUCGUUAUGCCAUUCAGCUCAUCACAACGGCCAGUCUUGUCUGUCGAAAAAGGAAGGGCAACGAGGUGAACAUUGAGGACGUGAAGAGAGUGUACUCGCUCUUCCUGGAUGAGAGCAGAUCCACACAGUUCCUUAAAGAAUACCAGGAUGAAUUUAUGUUUAAUGAAAUGGAAGAAGAAUUGAUGGAAGGAGCAGCCUGAAGAGAAUGUGAAUUUAAUGAAGACCUGAACAGUGCCUUUGUGCUGAAAUUCUGCAGUCAGUAACAAAAGUGUUUGCAUGAUAUAUUCUUUACAUAAGGCAGUCAUUUUGUUCAGCCAUUCAUUGUUCAGGGCUGAAGAUGGAGGCAGUAUGUCCAUUUGAAACAUUAGUAUCUGCCUUGAAGUCCAUAUUGUGCAAGAGCCCCAAAGACCAACAUGGACAUCUUCACUGCUGUGAGAACCUCAAGUAUCAACUAUACUUUUAUUGAUCCAUUUAUAUAUGUCUUUUUCACUAGCACAGAUUUCAGCUUGUAAAGAAAAGUACAUAACAGAUUUGUAUUGAAAUUAAUAAACCUUGCCAACUUCUACGUCACAGGGAAAUGUCUUAACAAAUUUACAUGCAAAAAGUAAAUUAACUCUAUGUAGUAAGGAUUAAAUUAUGCAAAUGCCUUGACAAGUGUAGUGAAUUAAUAUUAACAAUUUAAAUAGAUUAUCAGGUAGGUGCACAAUUUUGAUCAUCAUUAUUAUUUCAGGAAGGUUCUUGUUGUUUUUUUUCAUUAGUAAGCAACAUGUUACAAUCUCAAAUGACAUUACAAGCAUGGUAUUCAUGAGCUCUUCUCAUAUUCAUCUUUUGAUAUUUGUUUGAUGCUAAUUGAUUCUUCAUCGUCAUCUCUGUUUGCUGUUUUCUUCUUAUAAGCUGAAAAACAAAUAAAAUAGUUUACCAGUGCAGUUAAAUGCUGCAUUAGAAAAUAAGCAACCCUAAAGAGAUUGCAUAAUGUAAAUGCUGUACUGAGUUUGGUAAAGUGGAUUAAAUGUUCCAAAGUAGACAUGGAUGCUCUAUGUACAAGCUUUGUGAAAAAUGAAAAUGGAUAUUAUGUACUAGA